AUAUAGCAAAUUUAAGGUUUGGGAUUAGAGUAUUCUCUGUCUGUGAUUAGUUUUCGUUGCUCUUACAGUGAAUUACUUGAUCUAAGUGAAAAGGCGGUCUUCUUAAACCUUCGGAAUUAAAAGGGUUAUUGAAAAGCUUGUGCCUUUUUGAACACACUGGUUAACUAGAAAACCAAAAAAAAAAAAAAAAAAAAUUUCGUUUUACUCACUCAACAAUGUUAUUUAGGUCGAUUAUUCUUUACCUAAUAGUUUGAUUCAAGGAUUCUAUUGGUGAUAUAGUAAAUAAAUAUCAAAGAAUGGAAAUGUUAGACCUGACAAAAUAGGUACGAGUGAAAUAUUCUAUUUAAGAAUCAUUUUUAUAUCAAUUAGAGGAGCAGAGUAAAAAAAAAAAAUCAGGAACUCCCACCAAAUCUCCUCCAUUUCUACUCUCUAUCCAAACCCUCAUCGUUUUUGGUCACCAAAACUACCAUAGCUGUAGUUGUUUACCCUCUCUUCAUCUUUUUCUCUCUCUACAUUUUCUCUGUAAAGAAGAACAUGUUCUUAAAAUGUAGUACAGACACUAGCUAGAGAGGUGCAAUAAGUUCAAGAAAUCAUGAGCUUCACUAGAACUGACUCUCUCCAUUUUUUGUGGCCAUUUUUGACUCUAUUUGUUCUCUUUCUGUCUGGUUCUUCUGCUUUAAACACUGAUGGAACACUCUUGCUUUCCUUCAAGUACUCUCUUCUCAGUGACCCAGUGUCAGUUCUGGGUAACUGGGACUACUACGACGACACACCAUGUUCAUGGACCGGCGUGACAUGUGCCGAAAUCGGGAAUUUAUUUGGCACACCAGACAUGUUCAGAGUCAUCAGCUUAGUCCUCCCCAACUCUCAGCUUCUGGGUUCGAUCCCAGAGGACUUGGGUAUGAUCCAACACCUCCGAACUCUCGAUCUCUCCAAUAAUUUCUUGAACGGUACUCUACCCGCUUCGCUCUUCAACGCCUCAGACCUUCAAGUACUUUCUCUCUCUAACAACAUGAUCUACGGCGAGCUUCCGGAGCUCACCGGAGGCCUAGGUCUGCAGUUCAUCAAUCUUUCUAGUAAUGCUCUGGCCGGGAAGGUCCCGAAAAAUCUGACCUCUUUGAAGAAUCUCACUGUUGUUUCUUUGAGAAGUAACUAUUUUUCCGGUUACAUUCCCAGAGGAUUUGAUUUCGCUGAAGUGUUAGAUCUGUCUUCCAAUAUGUUUAAUGGGUCAUUGGCUGUUGAUUUCGGUGGGCAGAGUUUGAGAUAUUUGAAUUUAUCUUACAACAAGCUUUCCGGUUCAAUCUCACCGCAAUCGGUGAAGAAUAUUCCGGCGAACGCUACAGUUGAUCUCUCGUUCAACAAUCUCACUGGUGAAAUCCCACAAUCCAUGGCCUUAGGUAAUCAGAAAGCAGAGUUCUUCGCCGGAAACACAGAUCUCUGCGGCAAACCACUCAAGAAGCUUUGUAUAAUCCCUUCAACGCUCUCAACUCCGCCUAAUGUCACAACAAACAACACUUCUCCGGCAAUUGCGGUCAUACCCAGAACAGUUGACUCCACUCCGGUAACAAAUUCACCAAAUGGGUCUCCGAAUUCUCCGAAUCAACAACAGAGGGGGCUAAAUCCAGGGACAAUUGCUGGGAUUGCAGUUGGGGAUUUAGCAGGAAUUGGCAUUCUCGCUAUGAUAUUCCUUUAUGUGUAUCAAUUGAAGAAGAAGAAAAAGAGAAAUGAAACAGAAAAAUCAGUCAGUACAGUCAAUACAGCGAAGAAAGAAGAAAAGGGUAGCAGAGAAGACCCUUCAAUGACGAAGGAUUCCAAAGCUCUCGUGACCUGGCCGUGUCUGAGAAUCACAAACGGUGAAGAGACGUCGGAGGCAAAUACUGGGUCUGAUAGUGAUGAUAAUAAGGGCAAUAACUGUAAUGACUUUGUGGUUAUUGAUUGUGAGAGAGAGGAAGAGAAGGGUAAAAGAGACAAAUCUCUUGUGAUGGUCGAUGGAGAGACUGAGCUUGAACUCGAGACUCUAUUGAAGGCUUCGGCGUACAUUCUGGGAUCGAAUGGGCCGAGCAUAGUGUACAAGGCAGUGCUGGAGAACGGGACGACGGCGUUUGCGGUUCGGAGGAUCGGAAAGAGUGGCGGCGAGAGGCUGAGGGAGUUCGAGAACAGAGUGAGGGGCAUUGCUAAGUUGCGCCACCCAAAUCUGGUGCGCAUUCGAGGGUUUUACUGGGGAGAAGACGAGAAGCUUGUCAUCUAUGACUACGUCUCCAAUGGCAGCCUCGCCAGUGCUGGUUACAAAAAGAUGGGCUCAUCUCCAUGUCAUCUACCCUUAGAGGUCCGGCUCAAGAUAGCAAGAGGAGUUGCUCGAGGGCUAACCUACAUCCACGAGAAGAAACAUGCGCAUGGCAACGUCAAACCUAGCAACAUCCUCCUAACUCCCGAUAUGGAGCCCAUAAUUAGUGACCUCGGGCUCGACCGGCUGGUUUUGGGUGACAAAAAGAACAACAAAUUAGGUGACGGUUCAACCCGGCAUUUUGGUAGCAAACGGUCCAUAGACUCCACACCACCCUCACAAGACCACCUCCGGACCGGCAGCGCCACCAGCCCGUACACCAGCCCGUACACCGUGACCGCGGGUUAUGUGGGUUGCACUUCUCCUUACCACGCACCGGAGUCACUCAAAAACCUCAAGCCCAACCCCAAGUGGGAUGUGUACUCAUUUGGGAUUGUCCUGCUUGAGCUUCUAACCGGGAGAGUGUUCUCGGACCGGGAAUUGGGCCAGUGGACCGCCGGUUCGGCUGUGGAUGACAGGAACCGGGUUCUGAGAAUGGCUGACGUGGCAAUUAGAGGUGAUGUGGAGGGCAGGAGUGAUGCCAUGUUGGCAUGCUUUAAAUUAGGGUUUAGCUGUGCUUCAUUGGUCCCACAAAAGAGACCUUCAAUGAAGGAAGCACUUCAGGUUCUUGAAAAGAUUCCAUGUUCUUCACGGCAAUGAUGGAUGAUGGGCCCCAUAUAAAAGGGACCACCAGAUUUUAAGGAUUUUCUUUGGUCCUUUUUGACUUAAGAAUAUUGCGUUAAAGAAGGGAUGGAAUGUUGUUGAUAGGUAAUGUGAAUGUAUUGUAUGUUUGACUAAUUAAUCAAUCAGUCCGCUACUUUUUAUGUGA